AAUAAUAUCAACAUUUGAAAGGGUGUUUUCUGUAAAAUGCUAUUGCUGAUUUCACCAAAUUUACAUGAAACGCCCGAUCUAUGUAAAUAUUACACAUUAGUCUGUGGUACGGUGAGUUGACCUGAGAAUUUUUCAUAAAAGUCCUUAUAUGGUGUGUCAAAAUAACUAACAGUCGCAUCUUGCUGCGACUUUACCAUCGACCCAAGCAGUUGUUUCUCCGUUCCCGCGAAAAUCGAAUUCGAAAAAAAAAUGAGAAUUUCCGAGCUCUCUCCGGACCGCCGGCCGAGCUCCGACGACUCCCAGCCCCUCCGCCUCCUCCUCGAAGACCUCGAGUCCUCCAUCCAAGAAGCCGAAUCCCUUUCCCCAGACGACCCCUCCUCGGGUGAGAAGCUCGUGACCAGGCUCCGGCGUUCCCUCUCCCGCCUCCCUGCCGCCCUCCCCCUCCCUGAACCCGCCAAGAUCCACAUCUGGAAGCUCAGCUACCGCCUCUGGAACGCUUGCGUCGACCUCUCGAACGCCGCCGGCUUCCGCCCCGACGGCCGCUGGAGGACCGGCCAGGCCGAACUCCGCCAGAUCGCCGCCGACCUCCUCCUCCUCGCCGGAAACCCCGCCGGGAUCCCAUCCGCCGCCUUCAAGGCUGCGUCCUUCUUCCACAAGACUGGUCAGAUCUGGCACGAACUCGGCCGGUUCGAUCUCGCCGCCGGCUGCUUCGAGAGGGCCACCGAUCUGACCUCCACGGUCCCCAUCGACGGGAUCGGCGGCGAGGAGGAGCUGAGGCUCCUCCUCGAUCUCAGUCUCGCAAGGUCAAGGACGGCGUGGGAGGUCGCUGAUCGGAAUCUCGCGAUCGCUCUCCUCAAUCGGUCCAAAAGCCUCCUCUUCGGAUCGCCUGCGGCAUUCCGAGCCCUAGCGGAGCAGUACCUCCAGUUCGGGAAGCUCGAUCUCGCCAAGAAAUCGCUGGAGGGGAAUUCCGAUGCUUCGAAGCUGCUGACGGAGGCGCUGGAUCUCUGCGAGAAGGGAAUCGCGGCCGCCAAGGGCCGCGGUGAUGGCGGAACCUUAGAUCUGGAGGAGUUGAAGGGGCGGUGCCUCCGAUUCCUGGCAGCGGAGCGUCUCCAGGUGGAGGACUACGAGGGGGUGCUGCGGUGCGUUAGGGUUCUCCGGGUAGACACGGCAGUGAGCGCCGCAGCGGCGGAGCACCCGAGCGUGGGUUUCGUGGCGAUGAGGGCGUGGCUGGGGACCGGGCGGGUGGGGGAGGCGGAGAGGGAGCUCAAGGGGAUGAUGGCGAACAAGGAGGUGCCGGAGGGCGUUUGCGUCGCCGCCGCUGAGGCGUACCUAGCGGUGGCGGGCGCGGAGGCGGCGCGGGGGGUGCUGGCGGGUCUGGUGGGACGGUGCCGGGCCGGCGCCGGUGCGGCGCUCCGGGUGGUGAAGAGGGUGGCGGAGGGUGGUGGGGGAGGGCGGGCGAAGGUGGUGGCGGAGCUGGCGGCGGACGAGAGGGUGGUGGCGCUCUUCGAGGACGCCGCGGCGACGAAGGAGCGGAACGCGAUGCACGCGGUCCUCUGGAACUGUGCAACCGAACAUUUUCGAUCAAAGGACUAUGACAUAAGCGCAGAAAUGUUUGAAAAAUCUAUGCUUUACGUCCCUCGUGAUGAGGAGACUAGAGCUCGGCGUUCAAACUGCUUCAGGGUCCUUAGCCUCUGCCACCUUGCACUCAUGCAGCUUGAUCAAGCUGAAGAAUUCAUCAAUGAAGCUGAUAAGCUUGAGCCGAAUGUGAAGUGUGCUUUUCUUAAGUUUAAGAUCUAUUUGCAAAAAAAGGAUGAGAAGGAAGCGAUCAAUCAAAUUCAAGCCAUGGUUAGCUGCAUUGACUUCAACCCAGAAUUCCUCACCCUUUCGACCCAUGAAGCCAUUGCAUGUCAGUCUCUUGCUGUAGCUGUCGCUUCAUUAUCUGUCCUCCUCAACCUCUACUCCCCAGGGAAGCCAAUGCCAAUGCCAAUGCCAGAGGUGGCAGUGCUCCGAAAUCUCAUCACCCUUCUUCAAAGGAAUCCAGAUGGGGAGAUUGAGAUCCUCAAAUACACAAGGGUUGCUGGGGCCCGAAUGACCGGGCUUGGAGUGGAAGGCUUCUUUGGGACAGGAGCUGUUGGGAGCCGUGAGCUAAACUGGUUUGCGGGGAAUUCAUGGAAUAUGGGGCUGAAGACUGGAAAGGAGAAGAAAUAUGAAGCCUGUGCCGAGUUCUUGGAGCUGGCAUCGGAGUUUUAUAGCGUAUUGAAUGAUGAGAGUAAUGGAAACCAGGUGAUGGUUUGCAAGUGUUUGAUCCUGAGUGUAGGUGCCAUGCUCAAUGUCGAGGAGCAAAAGAAGGUUACUUUGCUGGACUCUGAUAUCAAAAAGGCCAUUGAAAUGCUCGGUAGAGCAGGCAAGAUACUCCCUCUAGUCUCAUCCCGAGUACAAAUUGUCAAUGAUCAUCAUGCUGAAUAUCCCGACCUCUUCUUUCUCCACACCUACAACACCUAUCAUCUCCUGAGCAGGCUCGGCAAUGACACCCGGUCGCAGCAACUCCAACUGAUCAAGAGCUUCGCUUCGUCAAAAGUAUGCACCCCAAAUCAUCUCCUCCAGCUAGGCUUCACUGCCUUAAAAGGUGGAAGGCCCAACCUGGAGGCUGCUGAAUUUGCCCUUAACGCCUGCCUCUCUGCGCUCCUUGCAUCCCCCUCGCCUGACUAUCAUUUGAUCAGCAUUGCGCUCCGAAAGUUAGUCUGUCUUUCUGGGCUCCAAGACACUGAAGGUGGGAAAAAUGAUGGGGCCUACCGUGUUUACAGGCAGGCAUACCAGAUCAUUGUGGGGCUGAAGGAUGGGGAGUAUCCAAUUGAAGAAGGGAAAUGGCUUGCAACAACAGCAUGGAACAAGUCAGGGUUAGCUGUCCGGCUCCAUCAAUUCAAUGUUGCAGAGAGAUGGAUGAAAAUGGGGUUGGAUUUGGCCAGACACUUGAAGGGCAUGGAGAAGUAUAGAGAGGGGAUGGAGGAGUAUUUUGCAAACUUUGAAAAGCUUUGUGGUGGUGGUGUAGUUGAUGGUAGUGGAGGUAACGAGGGGAAAGAGAGCAGCAGUGGAUCUCAACCAGUCUUGGUAUAGACAUUGUCAAGAUUUUGUUAAAAAGGAAAGAAGAUACGGUCACCAAGUUGAUUCAAAAUUACAUGCAUGCAAUGUCUUCGUAUUUUCUUCCAUGACAGGUAAAGGAAUAAGAAGUUGGUAAAGAUUUACAGGCACUGAUAUGAAAGAGGAGUAACGUUUGUCCAUCAAAAAGGAAAUAGUAGCAUUUGAAGAUGGAUUUGUAAAUAAAAAUUCAAAGCAUCCCGUGUCAGGACUCAGGCUGGGAAAAAAUAGAUGUCUUUUAGUGUGUGCAAAGGUUCAAUGACCAGGACUGGAGACUGGAUUCCCUGCAGAAAAGUGUCCGUAUGCUAUUGUACCGGCAUUUUUUGUUAAAUCGAAUCGAACUAGUUUCU